AUGCUCUUCUUCUUGGAAGGAUCGGCUUGUUCGAGGGGGGUCGGUUCGUCGAAGGUUAAGGCUCGUGUCCAGGGCUCGUGUCCAGGGCUCGUGUCCAGGGCCCGCCUAGAUCGGAGUUCGACCUCGUUCGAAAGUGUUAGAGAUCCUUAUGGCCCCGCAAGACGGCAUUCGACGGUAGAUCUCAUCAUCAAGAAUCAAGAGGACAAGCCGAAUUCACAUCCUGAAUCGGGCGACAAGGGUGUCACCCAGUAUAAGAUGGCCAAAGGAAAUGAUGAGAAUCAGAGCCAGUUUACCGGGGGUUAUCCUCCAACUCCUCAGGAACACCAAGUGUUCUCAAAUGAUGCGGAGGUUAUUGGAGACAGUGAUAUAUUUCUCAAGAAGGGAAAGAUACUUCAAUCCUUUGUGAGUAAAGUCAUGACAUCAAUUGGAACUCUGGAACUGAAUAACGCAGCUCUCUUAGGAGAGAAAGUUAAAACUGUGUACGCAGUCUCAUUGGCGGAGAAAUGUAUGGACAUUAUCAGAGAACUAUCGACCCUACAGGUCAACCAGCUUUCAAAUGACAAGGAGGAUAUCUUCCAUGACAUUUCCCUUCUUGGCUUAAAGGAUUUCCAGAAAACUCUUGUUGAAAUCCCUCCUGGACGAAUUCUAUUCCACUGGUCAGGAGCCGAUAUCCAACAUUUGAGGGUUUUUGAAAGAGGUUCACCGUCAGAUUCUUACCUUUUAGCCAGAGCUGCUCAUUACAUUACGGAAUCCUAUGAAUACAACAGAGAUCCCACUGCCGCAGCAGUGGGAUCCCAAGCGAACGUUAAAAUCAAUGAUUCAACUACGGAGCUGAAUGACAGGCCUAGUCAACCCAUUGAACAGACCAGCUCUCCUAUUACCAAGACUUUGGCUCAAUGGCAUGUCGACCAAGGACACAUUCAUGUUGAUGCCAUAAUUGCUCUUGCUAAGGCUCUGGAUUCGGGCGUACGGAUCAAGGGCCUCAACUCACAAAACCUCGAUAUCAUGAUUUAA